AUCAUCAUCAUUAUCAUCGCAGUGUGCAUAGUUGUGCCUGUGACCGCCAUUGUAAUUGUUACGUUAGUGUACGCCUGCCAGAACAAGAGAGAAGCAUCACCAGCGACGGUCGUGUUACGCGUGCAGCAGGCAGAGAUGGCGACAGAUGAGGAUCGUCACGAUGACCUGGAACUCUUCAACAAACUCUGCUCUGAUUACUCCAACCUAACGGGAGAGAACACCUCUUUGCGAAUCAAGCUGCAGACCAAUUAUAUUUCUACAAACUUCGCGGCCGGUGCCUUCGACCACACCGGCGGACACCUCUCUCUGCCCCGCCACGACAUCAACCUGUUCAUCCCGCCAGGAGCCAUCGAAGACGGGCGGCUCCAGACAAUUCACAUCUUCGUCCCUCCCAGCAUGAACCGCGGGAAACCUGCUCCCGUCGUGCACUGCGGACCAACCGGCACCACCUUUCGAGAUCACGUGAUCCUGUCGUUCCCGGUGGACCCAGAUUAUGACGAGUUUGUUCCGAGGUUCACCAACACGGAUGCUGGAUCAACGGAGCAAUGGCAGCCUAUGCUUGGCGAUGAUGAUGCAGCCUUUAUUGUCAAGAACGGCAAGUGUACCCUCUUCAUCACUCACUUCACCGGAUUUGGAGCGGAGGCGAACGAUGAGACGCCUGCAAGCACGGCUGACAAGGAUGACAAGACGAUCCGAGUCGGGGUUUUUGCCUCCAAACACACAGCAAGCGAUCGUCUCUACAGCUACCAGAUGAGAAUCAGGUUCUAUGAUGCGUCUGCAGACGCCAGCGAGCGCAUGUAUCAGAAAGAAAUGAGUCUGUUCGGCGGAAGACUGCUCGAUGACGACAAAAGGAUGCAGGUGAACAAACGAGGUGGGACGGUGCGCGUGCGCGUGAGCAAGAUUGCCGCCGGCUGGAGGACAAUGGAUGCUAGUGAUGAGAAUCAGAGGCUAGAGUUCGAAGAACUCUGGGACGAGUCGGACGAGACGGACGCUUCCUGCACCGUCCGGCUUCGCAAGAUCAACCGGGCGGCGCCGGUGACUGACGUCUGGGCAACCGUUUCCGUCUGGCAGGAGCAAUCACACGGAACAACGGUUACCUUAAAACCGUCAGAUACACUGCAGAUGUCCCUGAGAGCUGACCCACCCAGAGGCUACCUCUCUGCAACGCAGGCAUUCCUACACCAGCAGGAAGAGCUGCGCCCGUCAGACCGCGUCUUUCCCGUCCUGCCCUUAGACAUACGUCACGAGAUGUGCGUGCUCCUGGACGUGGAGCUGGCGGGAGGAAACGACUGGAGGAUGUUGGCCGAGAAGUUUGGGAUCGACUCACCAACUAUCAUGUGGAUAGGGAGAAACAAAAGCCCAACAAGCAAGCUUCUGGACUUCUGGGAGACUCAGAACGUGUCCGGAGGAACCGUGGCCCUGCAGCGGCUGUGUGACCUUUACCAGGAAAUGGAGCGCCCCGAUGUCAAGGAGCUGGUGGAGAAAGUGUCGUCUGGAGACCUGAGGGACAGCGGAUACGGAACGGACAGAGACUCUCGGUCACCAAACGGCAGUCUGGCUUCCCUCGUGAACAGCAUUCUGUCGGAGCCGGUCCCUGAGACACAUAGCAUGGAUGCUUCCCUGAAGACGAAGAAGAAGAAGAAGACCAUGCCGUUAGUAGAAGGCUAAAAUGUGAGCGUCAUGUGACCGUUUUAUUGGUUUAAAAUAAUGUCAUCUUUGUCGAUAAUUUGUCUUUGACGUGAAGUCGCUAAAGUGUCCUUUUUGAGAUACUGGAGACGCUGGUAGCUGUACUCGCCUAAGACAAGCCA